UGGUCACAAGUGGAGUUCACUUCCUUUCCUUGCUGCAGCGUGUUGAAGAUGGCGGAGCAAAACGCGAAGCCGAGUGAUCUUUACAAAUGCGUAUAUUCAUUUCUGCUGGAAAACAAAUUCACAAAGGCGGCUGCGCAGUUUGUGAAACAGACUAAAGUGACUCCACAAGAUCAGAAUGAAGAGAGCCUCACAGGCAUCUACGACUUCUGGGUGAAGUCGCCUGAAGCCAAGAAACGAAAGGCACCCCUUAACAAGAGUGACUCUACAAACGGUCCGGCAGCCAAGAAAGUAAAAAAGAGUGCGGAGAGCUCCAGCAGCGACGACUCGAGCAGUGAGGAUGAAGCUGUUGCCAAACCAAUCAAGGCAACUCCUGCAGCUGGUAAAGCUGCAUCCAGCAAACCUGCAGAGACACUGGCAAAAGCUCCAGUGAAUUCACCUGCUGUGGCAAGGAAAAAAGACAGCAGUUCUAGCAGUGAAGAAUCUGAUUCUGAAGACGAGAAGACUGCCAAAGCCCCUACACCGAAACCCAAGGCUGGUGCUGUCCCUGCAGGCAAACCAGCUGUUCCUGCUAAAGUUGCAGCUCAGAAAAAGCAGACCAGCAGCAGUGAAGAUAGUUCUUCUUCUGAAGAUGACAAACCAACCACGACUCCAACCAAACCUGCCCCAGUAAAAGCUGCAGCUGCUGCUGAAUCGAGCAGUGAAGACUCUUCUGAAGACGAAGCUCCGCCCAGCAAAAGACCCAAAGCAGGAGCGUACAGUGCAGUCCCACCUCCUGCGUCGGUCCAAAAGGCCCCUGCAGCCGCCAAGGCCAGCGACUCCUCGGACAGCAGUGAUGAGGAAGAAGAGAAAAAAGUAGCUGCAAAACCUGCAUUGGCAAAGAAAGCUGCUGCCAAACCUGCUGCAAAGAAGCAAGAGUCCAGCUCUGAGAGCUCAGAUUCAAGUUCUGAUGAAGAGGUGGUAAAGAAGCCAGCAGCUAAGCCAGCAGCUAAGCCAGCAGCUAAGCCAGCAGCUAAGCCAGCAGCUAAGCCAGCAGCUAAGCCAGCAGCUAAACCAGCAGCUAAGCCAGCAGCUAAACCAGCAGCUAAACCAGCAGCUAAGCCAGCAGCGGCCAAGACCCCCCCGGCUAAAAAAGGCGAGACUUCAAGCUCAGAUAGCAGUUCAGAAGAUGAGGCUCCUGCAAAACCUGCCGCUAAAUCUGCAGCAACCAAACCACCGGCAAAGGCACCCGAGAGCAGCUCUGCUACAGAGGACUCCUCUGAGGAUGAACCAGUGAAAGCCAAGCCAGCUUCGAAGCCUGCUACUCCAGUGGCAAAGCCUGCUGCAGAAAGCAGCUCAGACUCUUCUUCUGAAGACGAAGCAGCAGUCAAAGCUAAGCCUGCAGCUCAGCCUGCAGCUAAACCUGCAGCUAAGCCUGCAGCUAAACCUGCAACGCCUGCAUCAAAGGCUGCUGCAGCAGAAAGCAGCUCUGACUCCUCUUCUGAAGAUGAAGCAGCAGCCAAAGCUAAGCCUGCAGCUAAACCUGCAGCCAAAUUAGCCAAGCCUGCCGCAGCUGCUGCAGAAAGCAGUUCUGACUCUGACUCCUCUUCUGAUGAGGAAGCAGCAGCCAAAUCUAAGCCUGCAGCCAAACCAUCUAAACCUGCAGCUAAAUUAGCGAAGCCUGCAGCGAAGCCUGCUGCAGCAGAAAGCAGCUCAGAUUCUGACUCGUCUUCUGAAGAUGAAGCAGCAGCCAAAGCUAAGCCUGCAGCUAAACCUGCAGCUAAAUUAGCUAAGCCUGCGGCAAAACCUGCUACUCCUGUGACAAAGCCUGCAGCAGAAAGCAGCUCUGACUCUUCUUCUGAAGAUGAAGCAGCAGCCAAAGCUAAGCCUGCAGCUAAACCUGCAGCUAAAUUAGCUAAGCCUGCGGCAAAACCUGCUACUCCUGUGACAAAGCCUGCAGCAGAAAGCAGCUCUGACUCUUCUUCUGAAGAUGAAGCAGCAGCCAAAGCUAAGCCUGCAGCUAAAUUAGCCAAGCCUGCAGCCAAGCCUGCGGCUGCUGCAGCAGAAAGCAGUUCUGACUCGGACUCCUCUUCUGAUGAUGAAGCAGCAGCCAAAGCUAAGCCUGCAGCCAAACCAGCUAAACCUGCAGCUAAAUUAGCGACGCCUGCAGCAAAGGCUGCUGCAGCAGAAAGCAGCUCUGACUCUGACUCGUCUUCUGAAGAUGAAGCAGCAGCCAAAGCUAAGCCUGCAGCUACAUUAGCUAAGCCUGCGGCAAAGCCUGCUACUCCUGUGACAAAGCCUGCAGCAGAAAGCAGCUCCGACUCUGACUCCUCUUCUGAAGAUGAAGCAGCAGCCAAAGCGAAGCCUGCAGCUAAAUCAGCGAAGCCUGCAGCAAAGCUUGCAGCAAAGCCUGCUACUCCUGCAGCAAAGCCUGCUACUCCUGCAGCAAAGCCUGCUGCUGCGGCAGAAAGCAGCUCUGACUCCUCCUCUGAAGAUGAGGCUGCAGUCAAAGCUAAGCCUGCAGUUAAAUCAGCUAAACCAGCUACUCCUGCGGCAAAGCCUGCUACGCCUGCAUCAAAGCCUGCAGCAGAAAGCAGCUCCGACUCUGACUCCUCUUCUGAAGAUGAAGCAGCAGCCAAAGUGAAGCCUGCAGCUAAAUCAGCGAAGCCUGCAGCAAAGCUUGCAGCAAAGCCUGCUACUCCUGCAGCAAAGCCAGUUACUCCUGCAGCAAAGCCUGCUGCUGCGGCAGAAAGCAGCUCUGACUCCUCCUCUGAAGAUGAGGCUGCAGUCAAAGCUAAGCCUGCAGUUAAAUCAGCUAAACCAGCUACUCCUGCGGCAAAGCCUGCUACGCCUGCAUCAAAGCCUGCAGCAGAAAGCAGCUCUGACUCUGACUCCUCUUCUGAAGAUGAAGCAGCGGCCAAGCCUACACCUAAAGCAGCAGCUAAAUCUGCGACCCCAGUCACAAAGCCUACUGCAAAGACUGUGGCAGGAGCAGACAGCCGCUCUGACAAAGCCACAAAGACCACCCCUGCUAAGCCUGCAGUCACCAAUGGAAAGACGCCAACCCCAAAGGCAGCAACGCCAAAAACCCCACAAAAGCCAGCAGAGUCCUCGUCCAGCGACAGCAGCUCUGAAGAGGAGGAAGAGGCCAGUAAAAGUGCUGUAAAACCCGCCGCAACACCCAAGACGACCCCAGCUUCUAAACCUCAGGAGAGCAGCAGCUCCUCGGACAGUUCAUCAGAUGAGGAGGCACCCAAGAAAGCAGUCACCGCACCCAGCACCCCCGCUACAAAUAGUACAAAUGGAAAGAGAAAAAAGGGUAAAAAAUCUUCUGACGAGGAAGAGACUGAAGUCACGACACCAAAAAACAAAAAAGCGACGACCACACCACAAACAUUUCCUAAAGUGAAUAAGAAGACCUCAAACGAGCCGUUCCGUCGGAUAAGAGAAGAAGAAGUCGAACUAGACCCCCGUCUACAAGACAACUCUUUUGAUGCUAAGUUCGGAGCCAGCGGGGACUGGGGCCAGAAGGCGAACGACGUGCUCCGGUUUACGAAAGGAAAGUCGUUCCGCCAUGAAAAGACAAAGAAGAAGAGGGGAAGCUACUGCGGCGGCGCCAUCUCCACCUCGGUCAACUCGAUCAAGUUUGACAGUGACUAAGGACUCUCAAUCUGGCCUUCACUGUACCUGUGAUCAUGACUUUCUGUUGUCUACUUCCUCCCCCCCCUGUAAACGGCACACUGACAGGAACGUGACCCUAGAGCUCAGCUGGCACUAACAUGUAGUGAUCGGAGGGGGCACUGGUUUAGUCUCUGAUCUGAAGCCACACGUUACUUGAGCUUAGGCAGCAAGGGGAGACUACUGGUUAAGGUUGACAUCCAUGUGACAUCAUCACUUAUAGCCACUAGGUGGCUGCAGGCCACUUCUUAAAGGGGGAUAAAACAAAUGUUUUUUUUUUUCUUAUGCUUCUUUUUUAGUUAAACUUUAACUUCAUUAUCAAAUUAAUGUCUUGUUUCUUUAACUUUUCUAUCAAGCCAUCCCUCCAGGUUCUUUACAAUGUUAAAAGUCUGGCAUUGAUUCUUUUUUUUGUUCUAAGGGAUAACGUUGGUUUGUCAACCUCUAUUUGGCUACAAGUUGCAUGGAGAGGGUUGUGUGCUGAGUUUAUUUCUCUUAACGUCACACAAGCAUUUGGAAGAUAAAACUGAGUUUUAUAGCGUGUAUUUAUUACAUUUUAUUCUCUUUCAAUGGUUAGGCCCUCAGGUAGUACUUUCCAUACUAUUCUAAAGCCAUUUUUCUUUGAAUCUGUUGUGACGUUAGCAUACCUUUUUAACCCUCCCUAUGAAGUGGUACCAAAUGUACUAUUCCCCAAUGUAAAGGAGCCAUGUGUUAAUUUGUUUGACUCUCCUGUUCCAAUGUUUGCAAAUCUUUGUUAUUUUAUUCUUGUGGCUGUAAUUAAACCCUAAAUGUUGGUGUGGUUGGAUAACCUUUUCCAUUUCAUUCCUCCAAUAUCGAUGCUAAUGUUUUACUUCAUCUUCCUGUGUUUUACAUAAAUUGAAAUGGCGAUUGUAAUGUUUUAAGUAAUCGUCUCCAAAUUACAAGCUGUUAUUUUUCCUAUGGAUUUAAGCAUGCAUGGCUACUGUCACGAACUCUGCUAUGGAAUUAUUUCAAAUGUUUGUUUGAUCAAUAAAGUCUUGAAUGGGA